AUGUGUAAGGUUCUGGCUCUUAUACCCAGCGUUCCCCGUCCUGUAAGACCUGAGGAGGAUUAUGUCGAAGUUCUAAAAAAAAUUUUAUUAACAAAAUCAACCCAUUUUAAUGCCACUACAUUUUAUAAAAAGAUUGAUUUUCCAUAUGAUCUAAAGAAACAGGCGGAGGAAGUCUUAUUUAAUGCAUUAAGUUCUAUUGUAUCUGAAAAUGGACAAGAAAAAAAUAGCACUAAAACUGCUCAAGUUAUAUUACAAGAAAAAGAAGAACAAAAUGCUUGUCAAAUAAGGACUAAUUUGUUGGAUGAGCGUAUUCAAGUAUUGGCAAAAAAAAGACACAAUUCGAAUUUGAAUGAUUUCGAAGAAGGAUUAUCAACUCCACCAAAUAAAAUCAGGGCCACUGAUAUAACAGAAGUGGGAAAAAAUAACGAUUCAUCAUCCAGUUUUGAAGUAUUAUCUAGUGAUGAAGAAAAUUUUUCUGUUCCAUCUACAAAUGUCUUCUCUAAUCAAGAACAACAUGAAAAUGAAAAUACUUAUAUAAAAGAUAUUCAGUCAUCUCAUGAGAAUACAACAGAUAAACUCGAUAAAAUAAUUGAAAAAAUAAAUAAAUCUGAUUAUCGCCUCUUUCAGUAUCGGAUCAUUAAUUUAUCUGACCGAAAUGCUUCGAGCCCUGUACAAAAAAUAUUAACAAAAGCUAAUAAACAGUUAUUAAAAACAAUUUGGGACUCACUAGAGCCAUCAAAAGAAAAUCACAAGACAAUCCGCCAGGAGAAAUGGAAUGCAGUCAUAAAACCUCUUGUGGAAAAGUAUCAAAAAAACUUAGUGCCGAAAUCUGUAUUUGACGAUUUUCCUUUGGAUCUCGCAAUUGAAGAAAUUACUGAGAGACCAUAUACAGGAACAUUCAACUAUAGAGAACAUCACGACUCAUUAUGGGUUCAAGAUCUAUACAAGCGAUUAGAAAAUUUCAUUAACCCAAUUGUUGCAAAAUUGUUUGAUGACAUAAUGGAUAUUAUUCGAGUAAAAACUGGAGAGAUCGAAAAUAUGUUAAAUAAAACCCAACGAAAUGAAACUCGCCAGUAUGUGCAACGAGUUAGUAUUGGAUGCCAUCAAGAUGGUUUUCUAGAAGUGGUUGGUAAUGCUCUUAUUGUUGAUAUCACAAAGUUAAAUGGUGAUCUUGAUAAAGUAUUAAAAGCAAUGCAGAUCUCGCUGUUCUAUCAACGACAACAUCAUACCCAACGUGGUGCUACUGGAGAUCAACUUGUUUGUCUAGAAUCGUAUGGGAUAAUCGUUUACCAACGAACUUUUACUAUUUAUGUCAUGCAUAAUAUACAUGGAGGGCUUUACAUUGUAGAUAAAUUAACGGAAUUUUGUAUUCCAAAUUCCAAAGAUCAAUUAUAUGCGCUAGAAGAAGUCAUCGAGAAAGUCUAUAUGUUCAAGGCAUUAGAUUUUGAUACUGCUAAGUCACCAGUUGAAGCAUCGCCCUCUAAGAAUUCUAAAGUUACUAAUAGAUAA